AUGGGGUUGUUGACGGUGGCCGUGAGGAAAUGUAAUAGCAAGAUGCUCCUCCGCGGCUCCUGCGCCGGCUGUUGCUCUUCAUCUCCGUGUGGUGUCCGUGGCAAGGAAAAGGCGUACACGCCCGAUAAGCACAAGCGGUGGAGGAAGAACCGGUUCUGGAGGAAGAAGAAGAGGUCCAGCAGGAAGUUCAUCGGCGACUGCACCUGCGUCAGCCUCAGCGAGCUCGCCAGGCGCGGCGAGAGCGAAGCCAUCGCCGACCUCGUCAACAACAUCUCGGCCAAGUCAGACGUUACCAAGCACGUGUAUGCGGCGGAGGAGAUCCUACGGAUCACCACCCAGAACAUCCCCAGCCGGGUGCUCACGUUCAAGGAGCUCUCCGAGGCAACCGACAAGUUCAGCUGCAACAACCUGGUCGGUGAAGGCGGCUUCGGAAUGGUCUACAAGGGGUACCUCAAAGACACCAAGGAGGUCAUCGCCGUCAAGCAGCUCGACAAGGAGGGGUUCCAAGGGAACCGCGAGUUCCUGGUGGAGGUGCUGAUGCUCAGCCUCCUGCGCCACUCCAACCUCGUUAAGCUCGUCGGGUACAGCACCGAUCUCGACCAGCGGAUCCUCGUCUACGAGUACAUGCAAAACGGCGCACUCGAGAAUCAUCUCCUAGAUCUCCCACCAAAUGCCAAGGCACUCCCCUGGCAGACACGGAUGAAGAUCGCGGUCGGCGCGGCAAAGGGGAUCCAGUACCUGCACGAGGUGGCCAACCCGCCGGUGAUCUACAGGGACCUCAAGGCGUCCAACAUCCUCCUGGACAAGGACUUCAACUGCAAGCUCUCCGACUUCGGGCUCGCCAAGCUCGGCCCCGUCGGCGACCAGAGCCACGUCAGCACCAGGGUCAUGGGCACCUACGGCUACUGCGCCCCCGAGUACGCCAUGACCGGCAAGCUCACCAAGAUGUCCGACAUAUACAGCUUCGGCGUCGUGCUGCUGGAGCUCAUCACCGGGAGGCGAGCCAUCGACACCUCCAGGCCGACAGAGGAGCAGGUUCUUAUCCACUGGGCGGCUCCUCUCUUCAAAGACAGGAAAAGGUUCGUGAGGAUAGCUGAUCCGUUGCUGCAGAAGCAGUACCCGGUGAAGGGGCUGUAUCAAGCACUCGCGAUCGCCUCCAUGUGCCUCCAGGAGGAGCCAAGCAACAGGCCCAAGAUCAGCGACGUCGUGGACGCGCUCACCUUCCUCUCCGAGCAGAAAUUUCAUCCUCCACAAGACCGGGAAGCUGGUCACGCGAAGGGCAGAGACUGCAGCACCAAUCCUCCCAGAACAGACAUGGUUUCUGAGAUCAAAGCCGAUGAUGAAAUGAAGCAGAGGUGAGAUCAGACGACCAUAGACAGGAUAAUGCAAAAAGGGAUCGAGGAGAUGCAGCAGGACUAUAUAUCUCUGCUCCCCUCACAUUUCUUGUGUACAGUACACCACAUAGGCAGGAUGUAAC